AUGGAAAUUGAGCAAAGACUCCCUAGUAGCAGGAGGUCACAGAGCCAGCAUGCAACGGCACGCCCUUCAAGUACAACAAAAGUUGUCAGAUCGAUGCAACCAGGAUCUCUUUCUUCAAGAAGAUUUAUGACUCCAACAAAAUCUUACAAAUCUCCAUACUCUGAGCCAAUAUAUAAUCUAGCUCUCUACCAGGGGAAAACUCUACCACCACCUAAAAAUUCUCCAAGACUCGUUCCAACGAAGAUUUUUGGACAUGUUCCUACAGGAAAAAUGCAAAGUCCAGUUGUGGUUUCAAACCCAGAUGAAAAGGUAGAGACUGUAGAGUAUAGAGUGCGUGAAAAACAUUGGAAACAAUACGAUAAAGAUUGCGAACUCAACAUUUUUAGAAAAGUUGACAAACAUUCACCGUACAGAGAGAGUUUGUCUAAAGCAAGAGCUCAAACAGUACUAUCUACAAGAAGAAUGCUUAAAGAUAGAGACCAUCAAGACGCAAUGAUUAGAAAACGAGAAUGCGAAGAAUACGAAAAAGAAAUAUGUAACUCAAUAGAAGCUGAUAAUAGAUAUCCAAAAUCCGAUAUAAUCCAUAACGUAUAUCACUAUCUUAGAAUUAACGUUACUGAUUGA